CUUCCAUGGCGAUCCACCCCGUGUCGUCUACGCUUGCUGCGUAUUGGAGCUCUUUCUUCUUUUCCCUUUUGCUCAUCUCCAUCACCAAUUGCAGAAUGGACCCCGCAAGUAUUGCCUAGUACAUACGCAGCCGUGUCAAAACACCCUCAUAUCGCUCGCACCACCCUCUGGAACCGCGCACAUGGACGACCCUUGAAAAGAAGAGAAAGCUCAAAGUCAACAGUACCUCACUCCGCCGGAAGAGAAUUCCACGGCUUAAUAUUUGUGGCGAAUUUCUAACAAUGGUUAUCCGGCCGCAAUAAAAUAUCUACGCUCGCUAGCAUUUAUUAUCGCCUACCAGUGCGCCGCAACGGACAAACCAAUUUAUGAAACCUCCGGCCAAGGGUUAGCCCUCAGCUUUCUGUAAACGCCAUCCAGAACUCAAAGCGAAGAAAGUGAAGGCGAUAAACUAGAAUUG